UUUUAUUUAAAAAUAUUUCGGACACUCGAGCAAGCAAAUUAAGCCAAAUCACAUAGAAGAAAUGUAUGCAUUUCGUUUAGGAAUUGCGCUAUGUGUGGCAGUUUUUGCUUACGGCGUAUUGAGCGACAGCGAUUUUAAUAAAUUUGUGGAAGAAAUAGAGGCGUUUAUUAAUGCCUCUGAUUCAUAUGUAUUGCCUACAAACAAAGAUUCGUACUUUUCUGAUGAAAAUGAUACGGUAUGGAGGCAUUUAUUGCAGGGCCACCAUCUGUUUCAUCGAGUAUUGGCUCUCUGUUUGCUGACGAAUACGCAUCUCCAUACGACGUGUUGAACGCAUCGACAGACCUUUCAGUAGAACUGGUUUUACUGCACCAGCUUUCCCGAGGAACGGUGACUUUACAGUCCAGCGAUCCCAGUGAUUACCCAAUCAUAGACGUGAAUUAUUUCGCUGAGGAUGAAGAUUUGGAGGUUUUCUAUCUCGGAAUACAAGAAGCAUUGAAACUGGAAAACACAACAGCUUUUCAACGACUUGGGGCCACUGCCAUCUAUAUUGAUGUCCCCGUUUGCAAUGAUGCCUAUGAUAAACUGUCCAAAGACUGGUGGCUUUGCACCGUGCAGUAUUACUCGAUUUCGACUCUUCAUCCGGUGGGUACAACCGCUAUGGGAACAAAUACAUCUACCUCUGUAGUGAGUUCCGAGCUAAAAGUGCAUGGAAUCGAUCAACUAAGAGUGGUCGACGCUGGAAUUAUGCCGACCACAGUGUCUGGACAUACAACGGCCGCUGUAGUCAUGAUAGCUGAAAAGGCUGCUGAUUUAAUUAAGGCAGACUAUGGCUAUGUUAACAAUACGGCAAUUUAAUUUCAAUAAACUGGAAUGUAUAAUCUAUUCAAUAAAGCUAAAUCGAUUCAA